CUUCGCCUGGUAGAUGAUAGACAGAGAACCCUCAAAAAAAAAAAAAAAAGAGGAUAGACAGAGAGCACUGCCCGAUCCAUCAAAGCGUCCCCUUUCUUCUCCUCGGCGGCGGGAGGCGAUCCAGCGAGGAACCCUAACCCUAACCCAGCUCCGAUCCGCAAGGCCUGCGUCGAUGGCGGCUUCCCUCCGCGCGGCGGCGACGAGGAUCCUGCGCCCGGCGGUGCUUCCAGGGGAGGGGCGUCGCCUGCUCGUCCACACCCAGCAGCUUUCCAAAUCCACCCUUGCCUUGGAGAAGGAACACCGUCCGUCGGCAAUCCAGCAGAGGGAGCAGAUGUGUCUCGAGCUUUCGAAAUCCACCCUUCCCUUGGAGGAGAAACACCGUGCAGAGCUAAUCCAGCAGAAGAAGGAGGAGCUGUAUGAACUCAUCGCCCAUGCCUACGCCGAUUCCACGGCCUCCUCGCUGGACAAGAGUCUUCUGAAAAAUCUCUCUACACAAGUCAAGCCUAGACUAGAGGACCCUCAAUGGUGCAGUAUCAACCAUGUGCAAGAUAACUAGAACCAAGAAGCUGACUGAUUUGGCUACGUCGGUAGCUAUUCUUGCUUCUUCUGGGCUCACUUAUUGUGUCUUGACUGCUGGUCCUGAACUAGUAAAGUAUGAUGGACAUCUUGUUACUGCGGAGAGUCUGCCCCUUCUACAAGGACAAUGGCCUGCUGCUGCCGGUAAGGGAGUGCGCAAGCAAGAUAUGCAGAAGUGAAGGGGACAUUCAUCUUGUUUGACAGAGAAGCAGGAUGGAUGUCAGUUCUUUUCCAGCACCAUGUUAUGUACUCCCUCCGUUCCUAAAUACUUGUCUUUCUAAGCAUUUCAAAUGAAUAUCACAUACGGAUGUAUGUAGACAUAUUUUAGAAUGUAGAUUCACUCAUUUUACUCCGUAUGUAGUCACUUGUUGAAAUGACUAGAAAGACAAGUAUUUAGGAAUGGAGGGAGUAUGUCUCUUGAAAUGACUGCAUGAUCUCUGCCACCUAUAUAUGAGAUUGCCUAUGAUCUGCCACCUAUGAUAUGACUUGAGUAGUAGUAUUACCAGAUGAUGAUCUGUGAUCUAUGAUAUGACAUGGUAUGUUAUUCUUUCAGUCAGUAGUAGCAUUACUGGAUGAUCUGUCAAGGCGACAUGGUGUAUUAUCCUUUGAUUUGAAAAUGAGUCUUAUGCAUUGCUGCUGCUA